CGGCUCCUCCUCUGGCUCCAGCUGACCGUACGAAGAAUUGUUACCGGCGUAACUGCGGGUCAGAUUCUCCCCGCGGUCGAACCGGACGACAGGAUGUUAGAAGACUGUGUUUUCUUGGCGCUGGUCACCGUCCUGGGCGUCCUGGAGCAAGCGUACUUUUCGCUUCAAGUCAUCUACGCAAGGAGGAAGUUCCAUGUCUCGCCACCCCGGGUCAGUGGCAACGAGGACUUUGAGAGAGUGUAUCGAGCACAAACCAAUUCCACAGAGUAUUUCCCAAUGUUCCUGAGUGUUCUUUGGAUCGCUGGGAUCUUUUUCAGUCAGGCACUUGCCACGUGCAUUGGGGUCCUCUACCUGGGCGGCAGGUACAAGUACUUCAAAGGCUAUGCUGAAUCAGCUCAAAAAAGGUUACCUCCACUGUACUUCAGUGCCAAGAUGCUGUGGAUUCUUGUUGGGAUGUCCUCAGUUGGUGUCCUGAGCCAGCUUUCGUCCCAGUACCUGGGCUACAAUCCCAUGGCAUCAGCAAAAUCUCUCCUUCCGUUCUAAGCAGACGCUUUUUCCGGCAGAACCAUUCUGGGCCAAGGAUCUCAAGGUGACCUUUCCCAUAUGUUAAUGUGAUGGACUGAUCCAACCACAGCCUUGUGUUGGCUCUCUUCUUCCAGCCAAAGUGUCCGGGGUUGUAGCUGUGCAGCGGAGAGCCACAAGAACCCUCACCCAACAGGUCUCCUUCACAGAAUCAGCAUGCCUCUGUGAUCAGUGCAAAAACAUGUAAAAGCAAAUAAAUUAGACAGAUUUUAUUUUUAAAA